AUGCUGGCAGGCGCCAGGCUGGCUGGUUCCCUCCUGGGCUUGCCGUGCUCCCAGCUGGGAGGCUGGAAACAUUUCACUUCUCACACUCACCUCCCUCCUCAGAAGUGGGCCAGCAGCAUCAACGAGGACAGCAAGACGUCCCUGCUCGCCUGGGAGAAGGAGACGGGCGUCAAGCUGGUGCAGAUCAAUGGGCAGAGGCGCUACGGGGGACCCCCCCCAGGCUGGGUAGGUCCCCCGCCGCCCGUCGGCACCGAGGUGUACAUCGGGAAGCUGCCGCAGGACCUGUACGAGGACGUCCUGAUCCCGCUCUUCCAGAGCGUGGGGAAGCUCUACGAGUUCCGCCUCAUGAUGACCUUCAGCGGGCUCAACCGGGGCUUCGCCUACGCCCGCUACAGCAACUACCGCGGCGCCAGAAACGCCAUCGCCACCUUCAACAACUACGAGGUGCGCCAGGGCUGGGCCAUCAUGGUGUGCCGGAGCACGCAGAAGCGCGAGCUGAGCGUGGACGGCCUGGACACCUCGGUGAGCCAGCGGGACCUGGAGGCCAUACUGCAGAGGGCCACCCAGGGCGUCCUCAGCGUCACCCUGCACACCAGCCCCCACCAGGAACAGGCCAAGCUCGCUGUGCUCAAGUACAGCACGCACCAGACCGCUACCCUGGCCAAGAAAGCCCUGAUGCAAGGGAACCUGAGGCUCAGGGGAUCAGAGAUAAAGGUGGAGUGGCUGCACUCUGACCUGAAGCAGAAGCUGCAGCUGUCGGAGGAGACGCCACCGUCCAGCCAGGUGCAGGAGGACAAGAGCCUGGCAGUGCCCAAGCCACUGGCCCCGCCUCCAGCGGCGGAGAACGCGGUGGACCAGCUGAACACCCUGUGCAGGAGGCAGCGCCUGGGGACGCCCGUGUUCUUCACCAAGUGCCUCCAGGCGAACCCCAACGGGUGGCUGCUGUUCCAGUACCAGGUGGUGAUCCCGGGGUACCCCAUGCCCGUCAGUGGGUUCACGUGGGUCCGGCAGGACGGGCAGGGCCAGAGCAGGCACGAGGAGGCCAAGGCUGCAGUGGCACCACAUGUGCUCCAUGUGUUAGGGUCCCAGCUGAUGUAAGGAGCUGCUCUGCCAGAGCCACGACUGAGCCAGCCGGAGUCAUCAG